AAGCUCAAAAAUGGAGAACUACGAUGAGGAAUUUGCCAUGAUGGUCAAGCAAUUCCGGAAGUUUAAGAAGUUCUUCAAGAAGGCUGAUUCAAUCAGAAGGCCAACCAAGGGAAAGCCACAAGUAAGUGACUCCCCUCCUGAAUCUUAUUUAUGCUAUAACUGCAGGAAGCCUGGCCACUGGAAGUCAGCAUGCCCGUACCCAAAGAUGGAGAAGUACGGAGAAAGAGAAAGGAACAAGAAGAAAAAGAAGGCAAUGGUUGCUGCUGAAAGUGAUGAGUCAUCUAGCUCAAGCUCGGAUGAAGAAGCCCUCGUUUGCAUGGAGCACAGAGUUGAAAAGUCCAACCAUGAGGAUAGGUGGACUAUGUCAGAAGAUGACACACUUUGCCUAAUGGCUAAAGAUGAUGCUGAUCAAGAGGUAACUUCCCAAACCUCCUGCUCAUCUUCUUAUGAAAGCAUACCAACUUCUGAAAAUCUUUUUGACCAGUUCAAAAAGAUGAUGGUAGAUUUUGAGGAAAUAAAUCUCAAACAUUCUUCCUUAACAGAGGAGAACAAACUAUUGAGUGAAGAGAAUCUCAAGUUGACUGAAGGUCGGAAAAGUCAACUGGAUGAGAUCACUCAACUCAAGACUGAAAAUGAAUCUCUCUCUGAAAAGGUGAAAUCCCUUAACAAAGAACUAGGGACACUUAAGUCCAAAGAAGCAGUGAAUAAGCUUCUUGAAACGACCAAACAUAAGGGUCGUGAAGGACUUGGGUUUGACCCCUCCAGUUCCAAAAGAAAAGGGAGAACAACUUUCAUCCCUCCUAAACCUACUGCCAAACCAAAUAAGCAGAAAGGAAAGGAAAAGGAGAAACCAACAGAAGUUCCCAAAAAGGUAGUCCCUCCUAAGAACUAUAGGAAGCUGGACAAACCUCAAAAAGGAAAUAAUUUCAGAAGAAAACCUUCUAACCCUCAUUAUACACGAGGCUAUACUCAUUAUGGGGUAGAUAGGAGUUUUCCAAAGAAUUCUGAGUGGAGAACUAUUCCAAGAUAUAGUCAUCCUCCACCCCAGAAGCUAUUUGUGCCACCUAAGUAUACUUAUAACCGACACAGGACACACUAUGCACAACCUAGACAAAACUAUAGAUCUUAUCAACCUAGGUUUGCUUGGAGGAAACAGGAAAUUGCACCUCCUGCACGUAGGAAGUUUUAUGCCUACAACUAUGAUUACAAUCCCAACAAGUUUAGAGCUGCAAGGAAAAUUUCCUGCAACUUCAAACUUGAUGAAGCCGCUCAGUACCCAGGUGUCUGGUACUUAGACAGUGGCUGUUCAAGACACAUGACGGGUGAUGCGAGCCUUUUGAGCAAUCUAAUUCCCUAUGAUGGUCCAAGAGUUACUUUUGGAGGAAGCAAUGAUUUCGGCCUUACCAAAGGGCUAGGAAAUCUGGUGUACAAAGGACUAACCAUCCAAGCUGUAUCUUAUGUUGAAGUCCUCAAUUAUAACCUUCUUAGCAUAAGUCAGUUUUGUGAUAAAGGUUAUUCCUUGGAAUUCUGCAAGGACAUGGCAUCUCUCAAGAACAUCUCCACAAAUGAAGUCAUUCUCACUAGGAAGAGAAUCAGGAACAUCUAUGAAGUAAUGUGGGACAAUGUCAAGGAAGCAUGUCUAAUCAGCAAAUUAAAGAAGUUAGAAGCCAAGUGCUCCUCAUCGACAUUCUUUCAAAGCUAUCUGGAAAUGAUAGCCGCUCAAGAACUCUCCGAAUUUCUUCAAAUGGAGAUUCGCCUCAAAUUCGAGGAAGAAGUUCUUGAAUUUUACAGAAAUGGAGAAGUCAAAACUGCUCAUUCAAAGAAGAACCCACAGAGGACGUUUCCGGUCAUCAAGUCCACUGUUGGAGCGAAGAAAGCAGAUCUAAACAACAAUUACAAGUUGGUUUUAGAACUGGUCAUCGCCUGCCUCGAGUGUGGAAGUGGAGGUCACGCCAAUGACAUCACCCAGGAGAGAGCCUUCAUCAUCAACGCUCUCAUUACCAAAACUAAGGUAAACUGGGCUGCACACUUUUUCAAUUCCAUCUCAAAGCAUUUGGGAAAGCCCAACCAGAAAUAUCUCUGUCAAGGACUAUACCUUAGGCAUAUUUUGGAGUCUAUGGGUAUUGCUUCUAAAGGAAAGAAGUAUGAAGAAAGAUACUGGUUAUACUAUCUGUCUUCAAAAGGGGAAAACAGAGCUGGUACUAGUGCCACUGCAGAAGAAAGCUCUUCAGAUAACGUCCCACUCAUCCAUAUGACAAAGACUACCAAAAGGAAGAAAGUGGUGUCUCCCUCCAUUGAAGCACCACAGAACCUUGCCUUGAUAUGUUUGGAAGAAGAAGAAGAAGUCUCUGACCAUGCAGAACUUCAAAGGAAGAAGAAGAGGAAAAUCAACUCUCCAUCAACAUCUGGAAAUGUCAAUCCGGAUGAGUUGAAGGAGAAGGAGCCUGCUGAGGAAACCUCUGCCCAAAACCGGAGUACUCAACAACUUGAAGAAGAAACUCCUCAAGUCCAAAGCCUUCCAACCCCCUCAUCUCAGCCUCAUACAGAUGAUGCUGACAAUAAAUUCUCGCAGCUCUACUAUAAUUGGAGAGCUUGGAAAGUUAGAAAUUCAGCAGAGCAACUGUUGGAUUGGGACCAACAGCUGAAGAAUGAGGAGAUUAUCAAGAAGUGCUUAGGAAUACCAGACAACCACAACUGUGAAGACAUUUUGAAUGACUACUGGGUAUGGCAAAAGAACCCUGAAGACCUGCAUAUGGAAUACCUGGCCAAUACACCAGUUUCAGACUGUGAAGCAGAUGAUGAAGACACUGCAGUCUUCAAGCCAGUCUUCUCAAAAGUUACAGAAGACCAAGUGGCUCUCACUUCUGUGGAAACAACAGUUGAGGAUUUCCAAACAUUUCCGGAAACCUCACCUGCCUUUGAAACGGAAACCUCACCUGCAUUUCAGGAAACUUCACAUGCUUCUGAAAUGGUUCUAACUGAAGUUGUUCAAGAGAAGGCAACCUCUCCCCCACAAGAACAGAACCAGGAAACAGCAUCAGAAGAAGAAAUUCAGGAACUAAUCCAAUCUCAAGUUUUAGAGACUCUCACAACUCCUGGUGAGAUCUCCAAUCCUACUGAAACUGAGAUCCCGGAGAAGUCAGCAAAAAUUCCAGAACAGUCAGCUCUUCCAGAAACAAUAGAGCAAGCUGUUGAAGUGCAGAGGAACUCUGGAGAAGUUGAAAAGGAAACUCAAAUGGCAGAAGUGGAGGUCUGUCAAACUCCAGUAGCCAUUUUUGAAGACCAGAAUAAAGCUGAAGAAAGAGACUCCCUCUCUAGGGAUAUAUCAAAUUUUGCGCUUGAUGAAGCAGAGGGAGAAUCUGAAAGAACAUUGAAGGUUACUGAUGAAGAAGAUGUACAAGAGGAUGCUGAAUCUCUUCCUAUGCAACUCUUCCAAAGAACACCAUCUUCUCAUCAGGUAACCAACUUCCAUUUUCAUAGCUCUUCCACUCAUACCCUUCCGGAUGAGAUACCGGAAAUUUGGACAAAGAAGGUCCAAGGGCUGAUUGAAUCAGCCUUAGCAUCUCAACAUGCCUCCUUUAGGCAAGAGAUAGAGCAAAUGGAAGCCAAGUACACUCAACUGCUAGAGAAAUCAGAAGAGAAACACAGCACAGAUCUAAAGGAGAUAGGUAAAGCAGUAGACAAGACUCUAGAGAUCAUCUCUCUAUUGAGUAACACUGUGAGCAACAGUAUGGAAAUAUAUGCCUCUGAUAGUCAACUUCAAUUCAAAGAAUUCAACAAAAUCAAAGAGCAAAUAGCGAGUGUCACAGUUAGUCUACAAAAACAGAUGUCCCUUCUCCAAAUGGACAUCAAAUCAGCCCUAGCAGUAGCUUCAGCAAAUCAGGUAGUCAUCAAAGACUACUUGAAGGUGAUCAUUGACAAUCAAAAGGAAGCAUACAAGCUGUUCAGACUUAUUGGUGCACAUUCUGGGAACUGCAAGAUGGAAGUGAUUCUCCAACAACACAGUCCAUCUCCAAUACCACAGCUCCCUAUUGCAGUCAAAGAAGGAGAAGCAUCUUAUAUCCCUUCUCAUCUGAACAUGACUAAUCUGAUCCUUGAAGCACAGCAAAGAAAUCCGGAAAACUCAGCACAGCACCUAUCCAGCUCAGGACUUGAUGGAACAGAAUUUAUAGGUGCAGUUGUUGACCACUUCUCAGAUGCUGCUCAAUCAGAGGAAAGGCGUGAAAAUUUAAGGCGCAUCAAAGAACUGUGUGGGAACAUGCAGGGCAUCAGUGAGGUUGCCGGAUCUUCAAAACGCAAGAGGAAUUGAAGGUUCUUUUCAUCAAACCAGGGGGAAA